CCGACCGCUAACGGCCCAGCCGCGGAGGCGGCACCAGCAGCCGCGGGGGAGGGUACCCGUUGUGAAGCCUCGAAGCAACGCAGGCGGCGCCAGCCGCCCUCGGCCUCUCCCUCCCCGCUCCCUUCCCGCAGACUUGGGCCCCGGUCCCCGCCCCCGGGUGGGGGAGAAGAAGGCCUAGUAGGAGGGAAAGGGGGAAAAAAAGAUGCUGCAGGUGAGUAUCGGGGUGCUCUUUGAGAAGACGAAGGCGUACUUGCGCACCAAAGGGUUCCAGGAGUACGUGAAGAGCCCGCACUUCUGGGGCCCCGUGGCUAACUGGGGCCUGCCGCUGGCCGCCUUCGAGGACAUGAGGGCGUCCCCCGUCAUCCUCAGCUGCCGCAUGACGCCGGCGCUCAUCUUGUACUCGCUGGCCUUCAUGUUCUUCGCCUACCGCGUUCAGCCCUGCAACCGGCUGCUGAUGUCGUGCCACGGCACCAACGUGGUGGCGCAGAGCCUGCGGGCGAGGCCCUAUGUGCAGUACCGGCGAGGCUUGUACCCGCAGCCGCCCCCGUGCACCUGCCCGCCCGCGCCCGUACCGGGGGCCGCACCGCUCCCGCCCGGGCUGGGGUCGUGGGCCCGUUAGGAAAAGGGGGCCUUGAACCUCCUCGCGUCUGGCUGUAUUACAACACCAACCCCCCUCUUAUUUUUAAAAAGAAAUUUGUGUAGGACUGACUUUAAAAAACAACCCUUCUUUUAAAAAAAAAAAAAAUAGUCCUUCCUGAGAACCUCUUGGGUUUUCCCAGGAGGCUUUUUCUUCCAUCUUCAAUCUGUAACAUAUUAUUAGUUAAUUAAAAAGGAAAAAAUGC